GCGUUUUUCAGGCGGAGUUCUGAUAACUUGAAACAGUUGGCAAACUCCUCCACUUCUCCACUUCUCCGUUCACAUAUUUGAGCUGAAAUAUCUCUUCCCACGCCUGUCGCGGAGGAGUCUCAACUUUCUGGAAUAUCUCAAUUUUGAGGCGUAUUUGCAUUUUUCUGACAGUUUCUGGGGCACAUAACACACUGCGCUGCCGGGACCGGAGAGUUUUCUGCUUUUUUUUUUUUUUUUUUCUUUUAUAAAACUAUUUCACUUUUCCUUCCCCUCGUCGGAUUUGGAGCAUGCCAUGUCUCGGACUAUUAAAAAGAAGAAAAGGAGAUAGAAAUGCGUCUGAUUACUCUGGUGGUUCCUCAUAGAGCGUGUUUUUGAGUGUUGUCUUUUUUUUUUAACCAGUUGAGCAACUGGCGACCGGACUCUAUAAUCAAUGUGGUGUCAGCUGGAAGGACGCGGGGUCCGGAUCUCACCUAAACGCUGAUACGUCUUGGGAGUGAUGCACUGGCUUCCCCUGGUUGCCAUGGUGAUCGCCUCGGCUCUGCCCUUCCCUCACACCCCUGUGUCCAGGAUCGUUGCCGCGACGACAGCACCUGGCCCGGACAACCAAAGCGAGGACCGCCAUGACUCGGCUCCCUCUCGGCCUCCUGUGGACCGCGACAUCCCAGGAAAUGCGUUAGAAACGGAUUACAGCAUGACCGCCGCCGCCGCCGCCGUCAGGCAAGACGCCGACGGACAGAAGCACAAACAGGAUUAUGCAAAGAACUCCGAACAAGAAGAGCUUUCCACAUACAAAGGGACAAAUCGAGAAAGCUACCAGAGUUCAAACAGCAACAAAGACGGUGACGACAAAAGUGACGUUCGUGUAGACGUUCCCACAGGAGGAGUAAAACUCAGGGCCUCCAACAUUAACAAUCAUAAUGUUGAGGAUAAUUCUCUACCAGAGGACUACAAAGUGGACAGUGGAAGGGAACGUAACACCAAUUUUGCAGACUUUGCUAAGAAGGACAGUCUUCAUUACUCUGCAGAGGAACUGAGAACCGAGAGUAAUGACAUCAGACCGUUACAAGUUUCUGUGGUGGAAACCAAUAAAGCUGCUACUCUCCAGGGUCAGAGAGGACCCGAGGCGAUCGUCCCCUCGGAGCAUCCGAGACCUGCAGAAACGGCGGGGAGGGAGGACCAGGGGACGCCGGUAGCCGGAAGAGGUCCGGACCAGGCCAAGGAGAGCUCGGGCCCGGAAGGUGGACUAAGUCUGGGGAUUAGGUUGGACCUUACACAAGAAGGAGAUGAGAUGUUCUUAGAUGCUCAUCCACGGGUUUUGUUCUCCCCUUCCCCGUCGCCUCCAGAGCACCCUCCUCUCCUCCUCAUGUUGGAGACCGGCAUGCUGCCGGACGACGGGGACAGCGAGGAGCAGGAGGACAUGGACGGACACACUGAGGGUCACGGCGACCGGGCGAUCGAUAGGAACGGGCCUCUGACCUGGGCAGACGCUGCCAGAGGUGCCGGCGAGGCCGUCCGUCCCGUUAAAAGGGACAAACGCUCGCACUUGUCCGACGCCAGGAGAGGGGAGAGGUCGGUGUGCGAAUCGGAAAGCGUCUGGGUCACCGACAAGAAGACCGCCACUGACCAGCACGGUCGGAACGUCACCGUCUUGGAGGAGAUCCAGACUCAAACCGGGCCUCUCAAACAGUACUUUUACGAGACUCGCUGCCGACAGACCGAGCAGAGGGACCCUGUCCGGCGACAAGGGUCGACAAAGGACAGCGGCGCGUCGGCGAGGCCAAAGGGGUUGGGCGUUGACGGGGCCAGCUGCUUGGGCGUGGAUAAAAAACAGUGGGUGAGCGAGUGCAAAGCCAAGCAGUCGUACGUGCGAGCCCUCACCAAAGACGCCAACAACCGAGUCGGCUGGAGGUGGAUCCGCAUCGACUCGUCCUGCGUGUGUGUGCUGCUGUCCCGAGCAAACAGACAGUGGACAGGGAGGGCAUGACGGGGAGGAGGAGGAGGAGGAGAGGUUUAGAGAGAGAGAGAGAGAGAGAGAGAGAGAUGAAGAUGGCAGAGGAGUGUUUAAAAGAAAAGAGAGGCAGACUGUGACACAGAGCAGAGCCGCCGCUGUGACACAUUUCUCUGCUCUCUCUCUCUCUCUCUCACUUGCUGGACUUAAGUGUCCUUUCCUCAAAAAUGACGUAUAUAUUAUUCCUGCCUUAAUCCACAUUAUUUCCAGUUGUCUCUCUCUCUCUCUCUCUCUCCCUCAACCACAACCCAAACUGACUACAGAAUAAUAACAAGAAGACCUCAAUACUAGAUCUUAGGGAAAAUUUUCAUAUAUAUAAAGAUAGAGAUGUUUUUUUUUUUUAAUGAUUUAUUAUCUUUACAUAAUGUAAGUUAUUUUUGAUUUAGUAUGCAAGCAUGUGUAUUUCCUUGAUAUUAAUAUAUUACUUUGUAUGUGUACAAUAUGAGACCAGUAUACCUUGAUGUAUAAAGCUAUGUAUAUCUGUGUGUAUUUAUAGAAGAAGGUUUUCCUGGAGCGGUAGGUCACUGCGGUGCACAGCUGAUGAUAAUCCCAGCCUCUGGGUCUGUUUUUAGUUGUUAGAGGAAGGAGCGCCACCUACUGAGGGUCUAUUUACUGCUCCACACUGUUCCCCUUAAGGAUCACCAGGGAUCCUACAAUAGAGCUUCUGUAACUGAAAAUCUGUCGGGGGAUUUGUAGAUGAAAUGCGAGCGCGCGGCGUUAUUAUGUCACCCAUGCCGAUAGUAGUUUUGUGGUAAUGUGCAUCCCCUUUGUAAUUAUUAAAUGUGGUUCAUAAAUCGAAAUACUCUUAAAAACCAUGUGAUUGUUAAAUUAUAAGACACUGAGUGAGUUCAGUUCUCCAGCUGCUGGUUUGUUCAGUUCGCCCACCAAAACACGGUAAUAAAGGAUCUUUGUACUCAGCAAA